AUGGGACCGAAGGUGUCUUAUGGACACGAUAUCAUCAAAAAGGUCUCGCACUUCGAGUACCCCAGCUCCAUCAUCUCGAUGGAUAGAAACCUUGAACCGGCCCUACCAGGAGGAGGCUUUUUGCCGUCAGUGAUCAACACUCGCGUCAAUGUGUCAUUUCUGUCAGGUUUUCCUUUGUACACCGAGGCAGAUGGUGACCCCCCUCCACCCUCCAAUUCAACCGUCAUGGUUUCCCGGAAGCGAAGACCAGCAUCGAUGCUGUCACGUCGGUUGGUCGGUCGGUCGUCGAUGCAAUUGAGUGCUGUGUUGAAAGAGUUAGGCGCUGGUUGCCGUUGGCAGAUGAACCACAACGAAGGUUGGGCAAAAGCGUAUUGA